CCCUGCCCCCUCUCCCACCCCCAAGUAGCCUAUUCAACUAGAGAUGCGCCUACUGUGUGAAUGCAGCAGUUGAGUUCUUUUUCAGACUACCAAGUUGUCAAACUACUUUAGUUUAACACGUUGUUCCUGAACGUUUGGAAGUGAUUUAACAUACCAAGAGAGAUUGCGGCUUUAUUCUCCGCCCAAAGACGCAGUAUAAGUAGCGACACUAACGAGACAGUCAACUUCGUCUGAAUUACACCGCAGAUAUGGCAACACACGAUUUUAAUUUUUUGUUGGCUACCGAUUCCUACAAGGUCACACACUACAAGCAGUAUCCACCCAACGUGAGUAAAGUUUACUCAUACUUCGAGUGCCGGCGCCGGAAGGAUGCCCAGUUCCAUGAGGUGGUGUUCUUCGGCCUGCAGUACCUCCUCAAGAAAUAUCUGGCAGGUCGUGUCAUCACAGAGGAGAAGAUUCAGGAGGCCAAACUGUUCUUCCAGAUGCACUUUAGACAGAAGGUGUUUGAUGAAGACGGUUGGAGGAGAGUUCUGGAGAAAUAUGAUGGUCGCCUUCCCAUCCGGAUCAAAGCCGUUCCUGAAGGGAAGAUCAUUCCGAGGGGGAACGUCCUUUUCACUGUUGAGAACACAGAUCCGGACUUCUUCUGGCUCACCAAUUACGUUGAGACCAUGCUGGUGCAGAUGUGGUACCCCAUCACCGUGGCGACGAUCUCUCGAGAGUUCAAGAAGAUCCUGGCCAAGCACCUGAAGAGCACCUCGGGCGGCCUGGAGGGCCUUGACUUCAAGCUGCACGACUUUGGCUACCGGGGGGUGUCUUCUCAGGAGUCAGCUGCUCUGGGAGGAGCUGCCCACCUGGUGAACUUCUGCAGCACAGACACAGUGGCGGGGCUCCUCAUGGCCCAGCGUUACUACAGCUGCCCCAUGGCCGGCUUCUCCAUCCCUGCCGCCGAGCACAGCACCAUCAUCUCGUGGGGAAGGAGCCGUGAGAAGGAUGCCUACGAAAGCCUGUUGGACCAGUUCCCAACCGGGCCUUUGGCCGUGGUCAGCGACAGCUACGACAUCUUCAAGGCCUGCAAGCACAUCUGGGGCGACAAGCUGAAGGAGCGCGUGAUGGAGCGCAGCGAGGACUCCACCCUCGUCAUCCGACCCGACUCGGGAGACCCCGCCGAGACCCUGCUGGAGGUGAUAAAGAUUCUGGAGGAGUGCUUUGGCUGCUCUUUAAAUUCAAUGGGCUACAAAGUGCUGCCAUCCUACCUGCGCAUCAUCCAGGGUGACGGCAUUGAUCUGAAGUCUAUCGAGGAGAUUUUGGUGAAGCUGAGCGACGAGGGCUGGAGCGCGGAGAACGUGUUCUUCGGCUGUGGCAGUGCCCUCCUGCAGAAGCUCAACAGAGACACGCUCAACUGCGCCUUCAAGUGCAGCUAUGUGGAGAGCAACGGCAAGGGGAUGGACGUGUACAAGCAGCCGGUGACGGACCCGUCCAAAGGUUCCAAACGGGGUCGCCUGUCUCUCCGCAAGAACUCCGAAGGCUUCAUCGAGACGGUGGAGCGCGGCGCGGGCAAGCCAGAGGAGGAUAUGCUGGUCACUGUGUUUGAGAACGGCUCCAUCCUGCAGGACUACACCCUGGAGGAGAUCCGCAAGCACGCACGACUGUCGGAGGAGGACAUCUCGCCCCCACUGCACAACAACGACGAGCGCAACGGCCUGGGCAUACACCACAAGCACAUCAUGAAUGGCGUGCACUGAUUGGCCCCGUCCAUAUCACCACUGGCCUAUGACUUUUCUAACACUGCCCCCCAAAACUGAUCUUUCCUCUUCCUUAUUGAUCAUGGUCAAAGAUCAUGUGUUUUAUCUUGA